UGCCACCAAAGUGCAGUCCACACUUGGAUCCAGCGUGUGGCUGGCAGGGUGACUCACUAUGCGUCUCACCUCCGCCACGAGACGUCUGUGGAUGUGACACUUGCUGCUACCAGCAGACUGAUGUCUCAGUGGUGUACGUCACUCUCCACAUGGGGCUGGACGGGCUUCUCUCCUCUUCAGCGUGGUCAGAGGCUGCCUCCUCUACGCCCACCACUCAGCAGUUCACUGACCCAGAGCCUGAGGGCCACAACUGCUAUGAGGGCUGGGAGGAGGACCUGCUGCCUGAGGAGUGGGAGGUUCCUCUGCUAAACCUCUACCUUACCACCAAGAGAGUGGAGGACAUCGCCCUGAGGCUCGUCUCCCUGCGCCAGGCCUUCACUACCCUGCUUGGUUCCACCCUGAGCAGGAACCAUCUGUUUGUGGCGGGAAAGGUCCUCCUGGGCGCACUGGUUCAGCCCAACCAUAUGGACGAGGCCAAGUUCAUCUGUACUUAUAACAACUUUGUGGACUACCUGAGUGACCCCUCCAAGCGGAAUGACAUUGAGAGGGAGCUGGCUGAGGCAAAGAUCCAUCAUGUGAACAUGAUAGAUGUCCUCUUUGAGCUGGUGCUGUUUGGGUUAAUAACAGCUCAGAAGUCCCUGAUGGUGCACCCUGGUGGGUUCCUUGAGCGUCUGUACGCUCUCCUGUACUCCUUCCUGCCCACUGCUGCCAACAUGGAGCCAGAGGCUGACAGAUACCUGCUGCUGCUCAAUGAUUCUAGUGACGCUUUGCCACCCAACAGGGAUCUAGACACCAAUGCASUACAUUACUUUGCACUGAAUUUUCCAUUUUUAAAUAAAACAAGUUGUAGUUCAAAAACAUUUUGGUUUCCGUCUUUUCAUUUAUUUGAUUUUAUGACCAUUUCCUCUUCCUAGAGUUAUA